AUGAGCCCACAGAUAGAUGCUGGAGGUUCAGCCACCUCCAUGAACUCCUCCACUGUCACCGAAUUUAUCUUCCUGGGUCUCUCCUACUCCCGCUCUAUCCAGAUCCUACUCUUUCUCCUGGUCUUGGUCUGCUACAUGGCAAUCCUACUGGGCAACCUCCUCAUUGUGGUGACUGUGCAUGCAGAGCCCCGACUCCUCCAGUCGUCCAUGUAUUUCUUCCUAGCUGGUUUAUCCAUCAUCGAUACUAGUGUGGGUUCUGUGGCUGUCCCCAAGAUGGUGGCAGACCUGGCCAGCUCUAGCCAGACCAUCUCAUUUGGAGGUUGUAUGACCCAGAUAUUCUUCCUGCACUUCUUUGGUGGUACAGAGAUGUUCCUCCUCACCCUCAUGGCCUAUGAUCGCUAUGUGGCCAUCUGUCACCCACUGACGUACACAGCCACAAUGAACCGCCCGCAUUGCAUGAGGCUCCUCAUAUCCUGUUGGGCUGGAGGCUUCAUCCACUCCAGCACCCAACUGGUCCUGCUCCUCCGGCUCCCGUUCUGUGGACCAAACAAACUGGACAAUUUCUACUGCGAAUUCCCACAGGUGGUUAAACUGGCUUGUGUUGAUACCUAUGUCACUGAAAUACUCAUGGCAGCCAACAGCGGCCUCCUCUUCCUGGUUUGCUUCCUUGUCCUGCUAGUCUCAUAUGGUGUCAUCCUGGCCACCCUUAGAGGCCACUUCAAGGAAAGUGGCAGGAAGGCUCUUUCCACUUGUAGCUCUCAUCUGUCAGUGGUCAGCCUCUUUUUUGUGCCCUGCCUCUUAGUGUAUCUUGUACCUUUCUCCAGCUCUAGUGUGGACAAAAUGGCUUCCAUAUUCUAUACCACCAUCACUCCUGCCCUCAACCCUAUUAUAUAUACUCUAAGGAAUCAGGAAAUGAAGGAGGCUAUGGGCCGGUUGAAAAAACAAUGCCAUUUCUUCUACUCUUCUGUAAAAGGAGAAAAUGUGUAA